GUUUUCUUCGCCCGCUCUUCGCCUGUUUCAUCCCGUCGUUACAAAAGCUCAUUUUUUCUUUCUCUCCGUCCCCCGCCACCAUGUCUGACCUCGCCGCUAGGAUUCGCCGUCAGGUGGAGUUCUACUUCAGCGAUGUGAACAUCGCGAAGGAUGUGUUUCUCAAGUCGAAGAUGGCCGAGGACCCCGAAGGCUUCGUUGCGCUCGACGUUCUUCUCACCUUCAACCGCCUGAAUAGCCUGACCAAGGAGGCGAAGGUGAUCGCCGAGGCCCUGGCCGGCAGCGACAAGCUGGUGAUGCACACGGAGGGCCUGUCCGUGCGCCGCAAGGACCCGCUGCCGGAGUCGAUCCAGACGGACGAGCAGACGGUGUACGUGAAGCCCGUGCCCGCCACCGCCUCUCUUGAGAAGCUGCAGGAAUUCUUUAGCGCCUACGGUACCGUGCUGGCGGUGUGGCGCCGCUACUUCCAAGGCGGCAACAAAGACGCCCCUGCGGAGAGCCGCACGAAGCCGUCCGUGUUUGUCGUCUUCUCCAGCAAGGACGACGCGGAGAAGUUUGCUGCUGCGCCACCGCAGUACGACGGCGUGCAGCUGACGGCGCAGAUGAAGAGCGCCUACCUGGAGGAGAAGGCGGCGCAGAUGGCGGCGAAGAACAAGAACCGCAAGCGUGGCCGCGAGGGGGAGGACGGCGCCGCCGCCGCGACCACUGCCGCGCCGCGCACACCGGCGAUGCCGACAAACAGCAGCUACCGCAUCGCCGGCUGCGGCGAGAUCGCGAAGUUUUCUGACGUGAAGGGACUGUGGCCGUCCGAGGAGCAGCGCGGCGUCCGCUACGUCUUCAUGCCGACGAAGGAGGAGGCGUUGAUCAUUUUCCAAGAUGCGGAGACGGCGGAGAAGAUGGUGGAGUCGGUGAAGGCGCGUGCGGCGACGCUGCAGGGCAAGCAGCCGACCGUCACGAAGCUGAGUGAGGAAGAGGAGAAGGCGUUGAUUGAGAGCGUGGAGAAGGAGAUCUCUGAGCGGGCGGCGCAGCACGGUGGCCGUGGUGGCCGUGGUGGCCGUGGCGGCCGUGGUGGCCGUGGCCGUGGGGGCCACCGCGGUGGUCGCUAA